UGAAUGUUCUGUCGCUUUCUCAUGCUUGGCUGUAGAGUUGUACAACCUUCUUAAAAAUGCUUAACCGCUGCAGCUCAACAAGAAUGUAUCACUUGCACAGUGCAACUUGUAGAUUGUUCAUAAAUUAACUGAGCGAAAGGAAAUUUUCUAUCUUUUUUUUAGCACGGUUAACUGGCUUAGUUUGACUUUCACCACUGAGCAGAAUGCCAUCAGUAUACGCAGCUGGUUUUCAGUACAAAGUUUCAACGGCAAAUUCGACAACGUAUUCGGUAAAUCUCGAAAGAAAGGAUGAUACAUACCAUCCAAAGAAAAACGACCUUAAACUGCUUGGUGACCAUUUUGAGAAAUCUGGAUUCGCCGGACUGGAAGCAAUGCCAUCGCUACCCCAAAGAGCUGAACUAACUACAGUAGCGUCGGAUCGCGCUGAUGCUCAAAACGAAGUGGAAGCGCUAUGUGCCGCAAUCCAUCCGUUAGUCACCGCGUUCGCGGAAGAACAACGUAACGUCUACGUACAGCGAUACUAUGGCGUUGAUUAUUCCUCUCGAAAAGCCGGUCUGAUCAGAACUUGCUAUAUCCUAGCGGAAGAGUGCCCAGGAAUGCCCUUGGACGAGUUGCUGGGAUCAAUAAAUGUCGGAACCGAUACAAAAAUAAAUGACUUCGCAAUUAUUAUAUACACAAGACAAAUCCUGAAAGGACUGAACUUCCUUCACGAAAACCACAUCAUUCAUCGCGAUAUCAAUGGGUCAAACGUUAUGGUAAAUGAAGAAAAGAACAUAGCAAAAUUGUGGGAAUGUCAAUGGCUAAACACUUUUCGGGAGAUUGCACGCCCCCGAAUUGCUUAGAGAAUGCUGCCGGUACCGUUCCAUUCGUAUCGCCAGAAAUGGUGUCUCUGUCUGCAAAACAACCACACCAGCGCAACUCAGUUGGCCGAAAAGCGGAUAUCUGGAGUCUGGGCUGCACGCUCAUACAGAUGCUGCAGCAAGGCAAACCGCCACGCUUCAUCAGAGCCGAUAGGAGCCACGAUACCGUCGUACUGACUGCUUCCAACCAUAAUUUUCAGGAUAUGUACUAUUAUUUCCGUAUUGGAUAUAAACCUCAGUACCCCACAGUCGACAUCUGCGGUCAUGGUUGUAAGGGAAGCUGCAGCUUGCUUACGCCGGAGGCAGCUACCUUUCUCGAUAAAUGCCUGGAAAAGGAUCCUGUAAAGCGGCCAAAUUGUAAUGAGCUUCUUCAGAUGAAUUACUUUGCUCGCACCAUGGCGAACUUCAGAAGUGCUGAGAUGCAGCGGUAUGUCGUAAAGCGGUAUGAAGUGCAAUCUUUGGCCCAAAUUGAAGAUGCGGAGGAAACCGAAACACCUGGGGUGAAUUCUCCUAAAAAUAUUGGGAAUCUUGCCGUGAAUAAAGCAGUGCAUGAUAACCUCAAUUUACUGCAAACGGCAGUACAGCUUCCACACAGCACAGGAGACUGUAGACCGUACACAGUCACUUUCAUUUCUACGACUAACUCGGAAGGCGGUAACGACGAACUUCUAAUGGCAAGCAAAGCAGCUGUUUUCGAGAUACUUCGAAUGCAGGUGACAUCGAAGCAUGUUAUCAAGCAUCUCGCAGCCAUACCUCACAGCCUGGGCUUGCGGGUCUUUACCGAGAGCGAAGGCAGCUUCAGGCCCCUGGAUAAGUUUAUAACGGAACGAAAAUUCAAGAAAUCGUUCAUUCCCCUAUUCACCGGCCAAAUUCUGGAAGGUCUAGCAGUAUUGCAUGAGCAUGGCAUCAUUCACAAAGACAUUCGAUGUUCAAACAUUCUUGUUCAGACUGUUGACGCUCCUACAGCCAGGUAUAUUCUAAAGAUCGCUCAUUUCGAGAAAUCGUCGCGGGAAGAGCACAAUGGCGAUCGACAAGAUUAUCCUGAGGGGUCUUCACAUUUUGCCUCCACGGAAAUGCAGAAAAUGAGAUAUCCCGGCAGUAGUGCCGAGCAAACCAAAAUCACUACGGCAACGGAUGUAUUCAGUUUAGGCUGUACUGUGAUCGAAAUGCAUAAGCGAUCCCCACCGGACUGGGUGUAUCGGGACACAGUAACUGGAACAUACAAAAAUUUCAUUUUCAAAACUGACGGAAAGUUUGCCGAUUUCGUUAGCAAUCUAUCGCAGUUGUCCGAUUUUAAGGCCGAACCUGAUGUCAGCAGUAUACAUGACAAUGCGGACGCCCGCAAUUUCGUUGAAGCAUGUUGUGCAUCAGCAAGCAAACGCCCCACGUGCAGACAACUCUCGGACCACGUGUUCAUCGUGGGAUUCUCCGUCGGCGUCCGCUGCUCGUACAGCUUCAGAACUGAUGGUUGCUUAGGAAAAGGUCACUUUGCCACUGUACGUGCAGUAGAGAUCAACGAUGGGAUUCCUGUGACAGGAAAGAACACCGCAGCUGUAAAAAUAAUCCAGUUGAGCUAUGUGGCACCGUUAUUCGACUUGCAUGGUAGCUCACCAAUGCGCCAGCGCUGUGAGACGCUUCUUGAAUUGAAGCACCCAAAUCUUGCAACGUACUUCCAAGUUACCGUUAAGAAAAACCGGAAACAAGACGUAAUAUGCGUCGAAGUACUAAUGGAUUAUUACUCGAGGGACCUUGAAAAAUUCCUCCGGCAGCUUAAAAAAGAAAACAAAAUUUUGGAGUUGGCAACAGGAGUUCGUUACGCAAGAGAAAUAACCGCUGGACUAAAUUAUCUACAUGAAAGGACAAUUGUGCACGGACGCCUGGCCCCAGCAAAAAUAUUUUUCCGAUAUCCACCAAACGAACCGCCAAUCGUUGUAAUUGGUGGCCUGGACUGUAUUAUAUUUCGACAAAAUAACAAUAGUCUAACAGAAGAAAGCAGUUUUGGUGAUACAAUCUGGUACAAGGCACCCGAAGUAAUAAUUCUAGUUAAAGAGCGCACAGGAGAAAGAAUCGGAAGCAAAAGCGAUAUCUGGAGCUUGGGCUGCAUUUUAAUGGAACUAUUUACAUUUAAUAUCCCAGGCUACAAACGACAAUUCACGAAUGGAACACAAUCCAUUCCAGCUGAAAACGAUAUGAGUGACCAUGUUUAUGAAUCUCUGAUUUUGAAGGGAUAUAUUCCUAAGACUCCUGAUCCGGUACCCUCUGCCUUACAAUUGUUAGUUAAAUGCAUCGAGUCUUGCUUGCGGUUUGCACUUACUAAGCGCUGCUCGGCAAAUGAUUUGUUACACCUGUUAUCUGACGUUGAUAUUCCGAAGGCUACAGAACCUUAUUCUAGUUCAAUAGCCCCGCGCAGUGAACGCGAGUUAAACAGGGGAACCGCGGCUCUUUCUGAAACCGUUCUCCAACUGACGUCGACGCUUACCGCUGCGAAAUUUGAUGAAGGAGCUGAUAAUGUGGAGACAUCAAGUGAUAAGUACCAACCGGUGCCACUUACUUCGGCUCAGCCCAAUUUUGAUACCGAAAUUUCCCGUUCGCCCACGAUUAUCAGGGAGACAUACCCACACAGUUCCGCAUAUCUGCAUCAGCCUUCUGUGGAGGUUUGCUGCCCUUGCAACGAGGCGGUUCCAUUGAAGCAAUCCAUCAAUCCAGUGAAUCCACUGAUUUCAUUCAUGCCGGCAUCACGGCGGAUGGGUUGGUCCUGGUUGGAAGAAGACCUGGAAACCAUCCGUCAUUAUAUUUACACCAUUCUGAACACCGCUGUCACAGUGACGAAAGAAUUUCCGCCAUACCAUGGAGGAAUUUUCCGGGAAAAUGUUACCGGCGUUUUCGAGAGUGAUCAAGGUUAUGUGGUAUUGGGCAGUUGUAAAAACAUAAAGGAAUUGUGGACGAACUGGAUCAGUGAGGGCUCCCUCAAUGUGGCAUACAUUCCACCCGAAGGUAUCUUCGCCAUGCCAGCGUCAGUCGGUGAUCCCAGCAAAGUGGACAGUUGGGCGCUUGGUUGUCUGGCGAUCCAGAUGAUAAACUGUGAUCGGCCAUUGACAAUCAAACGACAGUACCGUUACUCCCAGUCUGAAUAUUUAGUCAAUAAUGGUGACAUGUUGCAACAGUUAAAGAAGAUUUAUAAAGGUGCCGGUCAAGCCGGUCUUGCAGUCGGCCCGGAAAUUAGUUUGCCGUACCCGGUACCACGCGCCUGCGAAGAAUUUUUGAGCUGCUGUUUAGAACCAGAUCCGUUUAGGCGGUGGAGUUUGCAAGAUCUAAAGAAGCUGCCAUUUCUUAAUUUAGGGUAUUCAUUAGCUGACCUGUUUGCCAUGGAAACUACACAAAAUCAGCAGCAACUGCCUGCCGAAGGGAAGUUCACGAUUACUAAUGCACAAACUCAUCCGUUUAUGCCAAGCGACCCAGCAAUGACGGUUCAACUUGGCGAUAUUCAAUGGAACGACGGUGGAGUUUAUGAAGAGAAAAACGUAGAUAUUUGGCGUUUUGUGCUAAUGGGCAAGGACGAUGAAGUGGAAAAAGAGAAACGUUUAAAAAUUAAGGCAUUCGGUAAACUGACUGACGCACUGACUAUGGAAAGAAAUACUGAUGCGCGAACAAAACGUCAUGCUGAUUAUUACGGAAUACGAGCGCUACAAAAAGGCACGAAAAAUGUGGUACACCAUUUUGGAUGCCAGUUUUUCUCACACGCAUCAUUUCCAGCGGAAUUUCAAGUUUUUACGGAACAUUGUCCAGGAGGAAACUUGAGACAAGCUGCUCUCCAUUAUUUACCACUUAAUAUGAUUGGGAAGUGGAUCAUGGAAGUACUGGAGGGUCUCAAGUAUCUUCACGGGCACGGAAUCGUUCAUCGCAAUUUAAACAGUAACCUUAUAUUUUUUAGCGAAAAACCAUUCCAAGGCACCUUAAAAAUUGGCGGUUUUCAUUUAAUGCGGCAAGUUGAACUGGAAGGAAACGCGUCCGUGCAGCAUGGAAUCAGUGUUCGUCAGGGCGAGGAUGGGCGAUUUCUCCCGCCGGAAAUGGUAGACGACCAAAAGGCGUAUAAUUUGCACACCGGGCGCAAGUGUGAUACAUGGAGUCUUGGAUGUGUUGCGCUACACCUAGCCAGUGGUCAGCCACCGCUGUAUAAAGGAGACAAAGAUAAGCCUAUCGAGCUGGAAAUGGCUGUGCUCUAUUACCUCAAUACCAUGAAAAAACCGCCGGAAAUUCCGGACUGGAUACCUAGUCAUCUACGGAGCUUCAUUCUAUCGUGUCUGCAAUUUGACCCAGUCAAGCGGCCGUACGCCGCGGAACUUGAUACGAGCAAAUUAUUGUGCACUGAUAUCGAUGAUUCGCCAUAUUGUGCAUCGCGAGGUGGAGCUCCUCUUCCGGAAGGCGUUGCUGAAUACUGGAAGCAAGUUAACGCUCGUUGAGUUAAGCAGAGAGGGCUUAAUUUCAAACAGUCCCCGUACUUGCUCUUGCUCCCAUAUCGAACGGAAAUUCUCACUGCUGUUACUGCUGUAAAUUUACGAUUCACGCAUUGUUUCCAAUUUUACCUUAAACUGUACUAUUCACGUACCUGUAUAACCUGCUAAUUUUAUCAUCUCGGUAAUUUUUCCUACCUUAUGUGUUUUGUUGUUUUUCUCGUGUUAACUUACUGUGCCUUAGCUUAUAAGAAGGCGAUGCCACGUAGCAAAUGCAGACAAC